GGCAUUUUAUUUAUUUGUUUAUUGCAUGUCAAUUUCUUCCCUUUUUUUUUAACAAAAAAUAACCUGAAAACUAAUUAGCAUUCAUUACGAUCAAUGGGUAUUGUUUGCUGUCGAGAAGAACUUUUGGAUCUUGAUGGAGAAGUCGAGCUAUCACAUUUUACCUUAUUAAGAUCAGUCGGUAAAGGUGCGUUCGGAAAAGUCAGAGUAGUUCAACAUAAAGGCACAAAACAAUUAUAUGCUUUAAAAUAUAUCAACAAGACAAAAUGUAUACAAAUGAGAGCCGUGGAAAAUAUUAUUUCAGAAAGAAAGCUAUUAGAGCAAAUUAGCUGUAAUCUUAUUGUCAACAUGAGAUAUGCUUUUCAAGACGAUGACAAUCUAUUCAUGGUCCUAGAUCUUAUGCUUGGCGGUGAUUUAAGAUUUCAUCUUGACCGACUUGGUGUACUGCCAGAAGAACAUGUCAAAUUUUAUGCUGCUGAAGUUGCCGUCGGCCUUAGCCAUCUUCAUAAUUUGGAUAUUAUUCACAGGGACAUUAAACCAGAUAAUAUUUUACUUGAUGAGCAGGGUCAUGCACAUUUAACUGAUUUUAAUAUCGCUACGAUUAUAAAAAACGCAAAACCUAUCACUUCAGUCGCUGGUAGUUUUGCCUAUAUUGCUCCUGAAGUACUGUUGAAAAGAGGUUAUCUUGCAUCGGUUGAUUGGUGGUCAAUGGGAGUCGUGUUGUACGAGCUAUUAUUUGGAAAGCGACCAUUUAGAGGAAAAACAAAUGAUGCUUUACAACAUGCUAUUCUAAACGACCCCUUAAAUUUCCCUGAAAACCACAAAAUAUCUGCAGAGGGUAUUGAUUUUAUAAAAUGUUUACUUACUCGUGAUGUCUCUUCUCGUAUUGGGUACGGUGACAAAAAUUUCCAGAGAUUGAUGUCGCACCCUUGGUUUACGGGAAUCCCUUGGGAUAGACUUGAAUCAAAGGAAGCCGAGCCUCCGUUUGUUCCUGAUAGUAAGAGAGCAAAUUUCGACCCAACACAUGAAUUAGAAGAAAUCCUUUUGGAAGAUAAUCCCUUGAAAGUAAAGAGACGAAAUCCUAAAAGAAGUGGAGCUGCUACCUCUUAUGCAACAUCCACAAACAGUAAACUAACUGACCCGAACGUACCGGAACAGAGUCCUGAACGUCAACUUAUGGAAGACAAAUUUGUUGUCUACGAUUACACAAAGCCCGAUGAAAAUGAAACCCGUAGAAAACUGAUUGAGCAAAAUCAUUGGGCCCAAAGAAUGAACAAAACUACAGGAGAAAAGCACGGACUUCAUCCCAACAACGCGUAUGGUUCAACAAGAAAGGCGGGAGGUACUUAUAAAGCGAGUGUUUUAGACUAUUUAAACCAAAAACCUUCAACUCCUUUAUCAGCAGGAGACAUACUCAAACUAGAAGAAUUAGCUCGAACAGCAAGAAACACCAACGGGAAAGAAAAGGGAAUCGACUGGAGACCGCCCUCUGGUUUGAUGGGUAACAGUGCUCCUGAUGGCUCUCCUUUAGAUGCUGUACAUGCUCGUGAUGAAUACAUCUUAUUAAAUGGUGGAGUACCACCCCCAUCAAGGCCACCACCACUUUCGCAGCCUUAUAACUCCACAAACUAUCAAAAUGAUCGCCACCAUACUCUGAACAAAACUUCGCAAGAUUAUUCCCCUUCAUCUUUCCAAACAAGAAGAUCGUCAGAUGACAGUUAUAGACUUGCUUCCUCGCCCGAUAACAGUGAAUACCCACUCAUGGCUUCAGUCGCAGCAUUGGGCGAAGAAUAUAAUGUGCAGCAAUCCAACAACAAUGUCAAUAAUUACAAUCAUAACAACUCUAAUAAUACUAAUCAUAACACUAAUAAUAACAACAAUAAUAAUAUAACCAAAGUAUACUCGUCAUCCACAACAUCCUCUAUUAGUUCCCACACCUUACACGAACCUUCACGAUCAAGUAACACCACGAAUACCGUGUCUACGACCAAUUCCAUAUAUUCCCGACCUCCUCCAGCCCGUAUAUCUAGCAUACCUCGUAUUCAUGGGAACCCGCUCCCACCCCCAUCAAGUUUGCCCCCACCUAUUCCAUCCGAAUUACCGCCAUUACCACCGUUACCACAAAAAUAUGUUUAAUAAGUACACGCUUUAAAAGGGGGGAAACAAUGUAGUAGUAACACAUAUUUAUCAUAAAUGUUUUUUUUUAAAAAAAAAACAAAUAAAAUUGUAUAUAUUGUGC